AUGAUCUUCCCUCCUGCCUUCCUCGACUCAUCAAGCUGCUGGAACACCAACCACAACCAGCUUCAGCUGCAGCAAAUCGGCAGUAACACUCAUAUCACUACUACUCCUUCACCUGCUGGCCAUGGUCCUGGAGACGGAGGAGGCGGAAACAACAACAAUCAUGGUCAGCAGGAAGGAUUAAUGGCCACGGCCGGGGCGGGAGGAGGUGGUGGUGAUGGUGGUGGCGGCGGCGGUGGGGAUGGUGACAGCGCCAGCGGCGGGAACAACAAGCCGAUGUCGAUGUCGGAGCGGGCGCGGCUGGCGCGGGUGCCACAGCCGGAGCCGGGGCUCAACUGCCCGCGCUGCGAUUCCACCAACACCAAGUUCUGCUACUUCAACAACUACUCCCUCACCCAGCCCCGCCACUUCUGCCGGGCCUGCCGCCGCUACUGGACCCGCGGCGGCGCGCUCCGCAACGUCCCCGUCGGCGGAGGGUACCGUCGCCACGCCAAGCGCAGCACCAAGCCCAAGGCCGGGUCGGCUGGAUCCGGAACUGCCGCGGCAGGGACGUCGUCUGCGACGUCGACGACGCCCAGCACCACUGCUUGCACCACCGGCACAGCUGCCACUGCGCCGCCCGCUCUGCAGUACUCCAUGUUCGGCAGCGCGCCGCCGCACAGCAGCCGGUUCGCCGAUAGCUUCGACCCCGCGAGCCUCGGCCUCAGCUUCCCCGCCAGGCUGCUCUUCCCCGACAAUGGCGCCUACGCUGCCGACGGUGGCGCGCAGCAGCACCACCACCACCAGGGGAACGGGAACGGCAUGGAGCAGUGGGCGGCUGCGCACAUGCAGAGCUUCCCGUUCCUGCACGCCAUGGACCACCAGAUGUCCGGGAAUCCUCAAUCAGCUUCGGCAAUGCCAACCACAAUGGCGGCGAUGCAGGGCAUGUUCCACCUCGGGCUACAGAGCGGCGGCGGCGGCGGUAAUGGCGACGAUGGGGGAAACCACCAGUUCCACCACCAGCCGGCCAAGAGGGACUACAACCAGCAGCAGCAGCAGGAUUACCCAAGCAGCAGGGGCAUGUACGGGGACGUGGUCAAUGGCAAUGGCGGCGGCUUCAAUUUCUAUUCCAGCACUAGCAAUGCAGCUGGUAAUUAG